GAGGUGAUCGUUUGCCCAGAAACCUUAGCCUUUCUCUCAUUGCUCUUUUGGAAGCAGCAAGUGGCACAGAAGCAAAAGCAACGAACAGAGAGGUCAACCUCGAUCGUAGUACUACCGCAGGGCUCGGGCCACAUUCCGUUGCUGCGUUCUUCACGCUUACAAUAGGGACCCAACUGAUCUUGGUAGCCGCGCUCGUCUACCGAUCAGCAUGGACGCCGCCGCCAGGGACGCGCAGGGUGGUCUGGAAUGGCGGGUGACCGUGCAGGAGGGCGCGUCGGUGACGGUGGAGCACGAGGUCGGCGUGGUCGCGAGGGCGUGGAGGUGGCUCCUCGCUUGCAUGGCCAUGGUGUGGAGCAGGGUGGUUGGGUUUGCCUGGAAGGUGUGGAGGAUCGCCGCGGACGAUCCCCGGAAGGCGGUGCACGGCCUCAAGGUUGGCCUCGCGCUCGCCCUGGUCUCCGUGUUCUACUACACCAGGCCCCUGUACGACGGCGUCGGUGGGGCUGCCAUGUGGGCCGUCAUGACGGUCGUCGUCGUCUUCGAGUACACUGUUGGUGGCAGCGUGUACAAGUGUUUCAACAGAGCCGUCGCUACGGCGAGCGCCGGCGUUCUCGCGCUCGGCGUGCACUGGGUGGCGAGCAAAUCCGGGGAGCUCGAGCCGGUCAUCCUCAGUGGCUCCCUCUUUCUUCUGGCUGCGGCAGCCACCUUCUCGCGGUUCAUACCGACAGUGAAGGCGCGGUUCGAUUACGGGGUGACCAUCUUCAUCCUGACGUACAGCCUGGUGGCCGUGUCGGGUUACCGCGUCGAUGAGCUGGCGGCGCUGGCGCUGCAGCGGCUCUCCACCGUCGCCAUCGGCAUCUUCCUGUGCCUCGCUGUUUGCGUGCUCAUCUACCCCGUGUGGGCUGGCCAGGAGCUGCACCACCUCACCACGCGCAACAUGACCAAGCUCGCAGCAGCCGUGGAGGGCUGCGUCGAGGACUACUUCGCGGAGGAGGCCGCAAGGCCCGCGCAGGCAAAGUCGGACGGGUACAAGUGCGUGCUAAACUCCAAGGCAUCCGAGGACGCGCAGGCCAACCUGGCGCGGUGGGAGCCCGCGCACGGACGGUUCGGCUUCCGCCACCCGUACAGCCAGUACGCCAAGGUCGGCGCCUCCAUGCGCGGGUGCGCGUACUGCCUGGAGGCCCUUAGCAGCUGCGCCGGCGCCGAGAUGCAGGCGCCCGAGCACGUGAAGCGGCUCCUCCGCGAUGUGUGCACGAAGGUCGGUGCGCAGUGCGCGCGGGUGCUCAGGGAGGCGUCGAGCUCCGUCGCCACGAUGACGUCCUCCCGGACGCUGGACUUCGCCGUGGCGGACAUGAACACGGCGGUACACGAGCUGCAGGGCGACAUGAGGUCCCUCCCGUCCAUGCUAGCUGUGAAGCUCGCAGAGACGUCCCUGAUGGACACGAUGCCCCUACUCACCGUGGCGUCGCUGCUGGUAGAGAUAUCCGUGAGGAUCGAGGGCGUCGUGGACGCCGUCGACAGCCUGGCGACCCUUGCAAACUUCAAGCAGGUCGACGAUGAUGACGAUAAAAAGGGAGAAACCGAGAUGAUGAAAGUUCACCCAUUGGACGAACCGGACACCGACGGUGCGUCGCCGGAAAACCAGAUGACGAGGGUUUAAACAUGAAACCUCGACCUCCAAACCAGGACGGAUCAGACAGGACGAAUUGAACUUGAUAAGAUUUACCCUGGUUACACCAUUGCACCAUUGCAUUAUCACCUACAUUAUUUAAGGCUUAGAUUAUUAUUUUCCGAGGAGGAGCACAUAGCUUCACAUCCACGGCUUUACAACGGAAUAAGAUCGGCCGGCAGGAUUAUCAUACAAGCGUGGCUGCCAUCAUGGUGUAGCUGUACAUAUGUUAAAACAUGGCAUGGAUGGUGCUUAGCGGCAAACAAAGGGUGUUGCUAAAUU